AUGAUUCAGGAGAUAUUGCAGAACUGUCACGACUCGUUGGAAGGAGGCCAUCAAGAUAUCGCCCGGACUUUCUACAGAGUGAAGUUGGACUAUUACUGGAUCGGUCUACAUGUAGACGUGGCGAGGCACGUGCGAUCCUGUCUCGACUGUAGCUCAAGGAAAGGUCGGCCCAAGAUCCGUGGAUACUCUCCGGGGAACAUACUAGCGGAACGAUCGUUUCAGGUUGUUUCGAUGGAUUUUGUGAUACCCUUACCGAAGUCUCGGCGGGGUAACACAGCGCUUUUACUGUUCCAAUGCGCAUUCACAGGGUAUGUGAUGACUGCUCUUAGAGUGGCCCAGACUUUUGAGGAGUGUGUGUACCGGAGAUUCGGCGCACCCUCUCUCAUCCGACAUGACAGCGACCCUCGAUUCAUGAGCGAGGUGUUCCAAUCGUUGACCGAAAUGAUGCAAUCAAGGUCUAGGGCAAUAUUGAGUUACCCGCCCCAAGCCAAUGACCAGCACGGGCGUUCGGUCAAGACCGUCAUGCAAUCGGUGCGCGUGUACCCGGAAGACCCACAGCAACAAGACUGGAACGAGAUCGCCGAAAAGCUGAUUUUUGCGAUCAACAACUCAAUGGACCGAGAAGGCUCGGAGAGAGAGGAAACACAACGAAAGCCUCCAGGAACGGCCCCAGAAAAAGGCCAAACCGUUACACCAAGUGACGAACAGCUUGCGCCAGGGGCAGUGACCGAGGACUCGGACGGCGAUGCUACGGGUGCUACGAGAUCUCUGUUCGAGGUCGGGAGCCGUAUGUGGUUGUAUAUGGAACGAGUGAAGCUAGGACUGACAAAAAAGCUUGCACACCGAUGGCAUGGAUCGUUUAGGGUGAAAAAGAAAGUGACAGAGUUCGCCUACGAACUCGAACUCCCUGACCGGAGCGGGUACAGGUUUUACCCUGUCACACUUAAAGAUGAUCAAUUUGGAGACCGACCGAGUGCUCGUUUGACACAGGACGUGAACGAGGCUACACGAUUGGAUUUUGACGAGGAAUUGCUCCCAGAGGAUAGCUGGGAACCAGAUCAUGUCGCGGGCGAAUUUAAAGUCGAGGCGAUACAGGAUGACAGACCCUCUGUCCACUAG